AUGGAUCUACUGGUCUCUUUGCGUUUCAGAAUGGAUAAAUCCUGGAUGAGUACUGAUAGAACGAAGAAACGUUAUAGAGAAGGAGUUGCGGCGUUUCUGCGGUAUGCUGUCAACCAUCUCAAGGAGGAGGGUGAGACAUAUGAUGAAUUUCUUAUGUUGUGUCCGUGUAAAAAUUGUUUAAAUCUCUGUGCAUGCUCCGUUGGCGACGUAGAAGAUCAUUUAUUCGUAAAUGGAAUCGAUCAAACGUAUACUAUUUGGAAUAAGCAUGGGGAAAAGGAUGAGGCAAUAACUAGUAGUAAGCCAGUUAACGUCAACAAUGGUAUGCACGCUGAAUUUGAAAUGGGAACUCCCACUGAUGCUCCAGACGAAGAUUUUGGAAUGGGAACUCCCACUGAUGCUCCAGACACUAUAGAUAUGAUGCAGGCUGCAGAAGAGUUCGCAGAUGACCCUAUAAAGUUUAAAAAGUUACUUGAAAAUGCUGAAAAGCCCUUAUACGAAGGAUGUCCCAACUUCACAAAGUUGUCUGCAAUUGUGCAGUUGUUUAAGUUGAAGAGUAAGCACGGUGCAUCAGACAUGUUUUUUAAUGAAUUGUUACCCUUGUUAAAGGACAUGCUUCCCAAAGAAGGGUACACAAAGAUACAUGCAUGUAUCAACAACUGCAUUCUUUAUUGGAAUGAGUACAAGGAUGAAAAAGUGUGUCCUACUUGUAAAGAACCCAGAUGGAAAGUUGACAGGGAUGGUAAAGUUUACGAGAAUGUUCCAGCAAAGGUAUUGUGGUACUUCGACAUCAUCCCAAGAUUUCAGCGGCUGUUUCAAUCGAAGCACACAGCAAAAGAUUUGAUAUGGCACGAUACCACUAGAAACAAAGACGGUGUUUUACGUCAUCCGGCAGACUCACAUGCUUGGAGAGAGAUAGAUAACAAUUUCCCAGAAAUUAAAGGUGAUCCAAGAAAUCUGCGGUUAGCUGUUUCGGCUGAUGGAGUUGAUGUAAACACAGAUGGUGCGCCUGGAAACAACAUCGAUGUCUUUUUAGAACCUCUUGUUAAAGAUUUUCAAUUCUUAUUUGAGAAGGGAAAGAGAACAUGGGAUGCAUAUUCCCAAGAAAUGUUUACUCUACGUGCAGUUGUUUUGUGGACGAUAAACGAUUAUCCUGCUCUUGGUACACUAUGUGGUUGUCGCUACGCUGGAUAUCAUGGUUGUGUGGUGUGUCGUAAAAAAACGCACAGUAUUAGGCUUCAUGACUCAAACAAGAAUGUUUAUGUUGGUUAUAGAAGAUUUUUACCCUAUGAGCAUCCGUUCAGAAGGCAGAAGGGGGCAUUUGGCGGAAAACAAGAGCGGGAGACUGCUCCAGAACCAAUGACCGGGGAAGAAAUAUAUGAGGAGAAUGUGGGACAAAGUCUUGUUGGAACGUUGCUGCACAACGGGAAUACAAAAGAUGGAUUAAACGCCAGAAAGGAUUUGGUGCGUUUGGGGUUAAAAUCGGAGUUACACCCUAAGACAGAUGACAAAGGAACGAUACUUCCCGCAGCAUGUUAUACAUUAACUACGGAAGAAAAAGACAUAUUCUUGGAGACACUAUCCGAGUUAAGAGUUCCAGAAGGAUCAAUAUCUGCCAAAGAAAUCAUGGUGGAAGAGCUAGAUAAAUUGCAAGAGGAUCUCUGUGUGACGUUAUGCUUACUAGAGAAGGAAGUGAAGUUAUGCGGUCCGGUUUGCUUUCGAUGGAUGUAUCCUUUCGAAAGGUGUAUGAAGGUUAUAAAGGGGCAUGUGCGAAACAAGAAUCAACCUUGUGGAUGCAUUGCCGAAGAGAAUGUUGCAGAAGAGACGAUUGAGAUAUAUUGUGAGUACCAUAAAAGCAUCAGGACAAUUGGUAUUCCACUAGAUAGGCAUAAUACAUCUCAGGAGGGAGAACCGUUAUCAGCUGAAGAGCCGUGUAUAGCUACCCCUGAACAGUUGAGACAAGCACAUUUCUAUGUAAUGCAGAACACGCCUGAAAUUGAGCCUUACAUAGACCGACACAAGCUAUAUUUGGAAACUAACUAUUCUACUAAAAAGCGAGCAUGGCUAGAGAAAGAGCACUCUAACACUUUUGGCGCUUGGUUAAAAAAUGAGGUUGAAAAAGAGUUGGCAGACGACAGAGAAAGUAUCUCAGAGAACUUAAGAUGGAUAUCACACGGCCCGCUCUACGAGGUAACGAAAUACACUGUAUAUCGCAUCAAUGGAUAUCUAUUCCGCACAAGAUCCCGUGAUGGUAGAAUUCACCAGAAUAGUGGGGUUAGCGUUGCAGCAAAUGACAUGCACAUAUCUAGAGAUGAUGAUGUUACAUAUGGUAAAGCCUCUUAUUAUGGUGUCUUGCAAGAGAUAUGGGAGUUAGAUUACUGUGAAAGAAAAGUUCAUCUGUUCAAGUGCAAUUGGGUUGAUAAUAAACGUGGGGUCAAAAGAGAUGCUCUUGGCUACAAGAUUGUUGACCUUACUAUGUUGGGAUACAAAAAUGAUCCUUUUAUUUUAGCCUCACAAGCUAAGCAGGUAUUUUAUGUCAAAGACCAGUUAGAUAAGAAAAAGUCUAUUGUUUUUGUGACACCUCCCAAAAAUUAUAGAGAUGACGAUGGCAACGAUGAGGAAUUCAGUACAGUAAUCUUUUCUGCGAAUGAUAAUAUCUUGCCGUCUGUAGAUCCACAAGACUUGGGUAAAGAAUCCCGAAAUGAUUACUUCUGA